CUGACGUUACGGGGAUUGUCGGAAGUCUUCGUGGUGGAUUGGUUAUAAACUGUAGGUUAUGUUUGCAUGUUAGUUAAAAUUGUUCUCGUUAUAUUUAUUUAUGAUAUCUCGACUAUUAUUUAGCUCAGAUCAUGGUGGAAAACUCUCCAUCUCCGCUGCCUGAGAGAGCCAUCUAUGGCUUUGUGCUCUACCUGGGGUCACAGUUUGGUUUCUUUUUGUACUGCCUGUGGGCGUAUGUACCAGAGGAAUGGCUUCAUUCAGUAGGACUCACCUACUGGCCUCAGAAGUAUUGGGCUCUUGCGAUGCCAAUCUACUUCCUGGUUGCACUAAUGGUGUCUUUGGUUGUGUUGUUCGGCAUUAACAUGAACAACACAGCUCCACUGGACUCUGUGGACAACGUCACAGAUGGAUUUGCACAAGGUCAGAGGUCAGACUGCCACAGGAAGGGUGGAAUACCCCGACUGGAGGACGUCUCCAUCAGUGAAGUCAACAAAAUGUUCUAUUUAUCCUCUGAGACGUGACAAACAGAGUAACUGAGCAGUGGGCGGGUUAAGAUUCACCGCGCCGUCGCUGUUUAGUUCUUUUGAUUGAAGUUUUCUUGUUAGAAAAAGACUCAGUCUUAUGUAACAACAGUUAUGUAAUUGUUACGAUAUUAAAUCCUCAGGUUUUUAUUUAUUUUUCUUUCUUUACUGGUCUACGUGUCUCUUAAAUGCAAAGUUUUAUGCAGCAAUUAUUGUUUUUAUAAAGCUCUAAGUAAAGUAUGGCUGUAAAUCUGUAAUAAAUAUAAUUCUUUUAAAGCAAUUCUAACAUGAAAAUGCAUCAAUUCGUGUUGGAGAUGUUAACUAGGUAACAAGUAAAUAAUACUUUUGUAAAUGAUUAAUUUGUUAAAUUGAUGGAAUCAAUCUUAAUGGAAGUGUCAAUGGUAAUGCAUAUUAUAUUGAAAUCCUACAUAAAUGUUACAUUUGUCUUAAUAAAGGAUAAUAACUGUUGUGUUUGUGCAGAAGGAAGAAAGAUCAUUCUCAGUUUAUGUCAAAUUUUAUUUAGUUUGUAACAACUGAUUUAUGAGUCACUGAAAGUCUCCAUUGUUGUAUGUUGCAGUCUUUUAUAUAUUUUAUUGUUAUCAAUACCUGGAUUUUGAUUAAAUGUUAAUACCAGUUUCCUAGAUCAGAAAAAAAGCCUUUAAAUACAGGAUAAGAUAUUUAUUAAAUAGUUUGGGGGGGGGGUUUCAGAAUGGAAUGAGCUGGGUUUUGUUUUAUUGAAUAUUCUUGUUUUUAUGAAGUAAAAUUCUGUGCAAAAUUAUCCACAACUACUGAACUUACUGGAAAGAUUUGAUUUUUUUAAUUAACUUUUAUUUAUACAGAUUGUCUCAUUGAAAUUUAAGAUCUUAUUUACUAGAAAGUAAUUUUUUGUGUAAAAAGCCUAAAAAUAAAUGGAUCUUUAUUACAGUGGCAAGAUUCUAUUAUAUGAUGCUUACUUUAUUUUUCACCUAUUGCAAUGAUUUCAUAGUGAAAUAGAGACUGUACUGACUGCUGCAGCACCCAGUCUGCCUCUGCCAUGUCAUGUGACCUGCUUAGCAUGCUAUGCUAGCAUUGUGUUUGUGCUUAAAUGUACUGCAUUUUUGGAUUUACAUAUUUAUUUUUAAGUUUUGUAAAGAUCAACUUGAAAAUGAGAUGAUUCAUGUAUCCUUCA